AUGGCUAGGCAAUUAUUCACUCCUCCGAUAACCAACCCAAGGUUUGACCCUAAUCAAUCCAUCAGGGAAUCAUACAAGAAUACAACUAGCAGCAUACAAUUUCAACAAGUUCCACACGAGGAUCAAAAUGACAAUGAGAGAAGUAGCUGUGAUGGUGAUGAAAACUCUACAACAAGCGAAAGGUUAGAAAACAACAAGUCCCCUAUAUUGACGAAACAAGAAAUUGACGAUGCGUUAAACAGUGUUAGCAAUUUACCACCAGAAUUGUCAAAAUUAAUUGAUAUUUUCAUCGAUGACCUAAAGCAGCCCAAGUACGUACGGCCACUAUCAGUACUGCAAUUAUCUAGUCUUUUCCAAAGCUUUUACAUAAAAUUUGAUAAAGCAUCAUUUCAGCACGUCAGUUCAGUGAGCAAUAAUGGUAAUUAUUAUUCAAGCGGUGGUUCUAGUUCAUUUUUGGCUGCCAAAGAAACGUUAAGUAGUGGGCUCAGUGGAAUUUUUGGUAGAAGUAGGAGUAGUAGUGGUAACUCACUUAUGAGGCCAAGAAGGUCUUCAUCGCUUUUCAGUAAUGAAUCGGUAUCGAAUUCUAAUAAUGCCACUCAAAUGUUGUCACCAGAGGAGAUAAAAAAGCAAUUGAGAAUCAACGAAUUAAACAACAUGAAAAUCGAAAAAUACAUGGAACUUUGUGAAAGAGACGUGUUCAAGAAAAUUCUUAUAGUAGGUACAUCCGUAUCUUCACCAAAUAAGAUGAAGGCUUUCAAGCCACAUCAAUUACAAACUUUCAAGGUCGGAAAUCUGUUUAGAAACAGUGUUGAAUUCACAGAAUACAAUAAGCUGUUAAAUGAAAAAAUUCUCUGUUUAUCCAAACUCUCUACAGUAAACAAAAUCAAUUUGAUAAAGUUUUUGAGUCUUAAUAAUGGCAUUGAUCCGGAACCAAAAUUUGAAGAAAUCAAAGAUAUUUUGUAUGAGUUUACGUAUCAUUCGAUUUCACCAUGUGAAAAGAUAAAGGCGUUACUGAAACUACAUGAAAUCAUGACGUAUUCUCAAGAAAUGUCCAAUGACGAUUACCUUUCGUUGCUAAUCUACUACAUUAUUACGAUUGUUCCACGGGAUAUCUUCUUGAAUGCUGAAUUCAUCAGACUGUUUAGAUAUAAGAAGAAACUGGUCGAAACGGAAUCCUUCGCAUUAACGAAUCUAGAAGCUGCAUUAGUUUUCGUUGAAGGCUUAACUAAAGAUGAUUUUUCAAACGAGCUACAAGAUAAAUUGACUGAGAAUGAAAGUAAAAUUUUAGAAAGCUCGAUCAGCAGUAGGGUCUCAUUGCCAUCAAAAACCACCAUGAUGCAUAAAAACAACGGCAAUAGCGGCAGUAAUAUAGGCGAUAUCGUGACCCCCACUAUUCAAAGGCCAGAUGUUACGAGAUCAAAUUCGUAUGAUGGGUUCAGAACUGUUUUUGAUUCAUCGUUGAAGAAUAUAAUUGGCAAAAUCAGGUCGUAUACGCCACCACACCCCAACACUGUUAGCAAUAAUAACCUUCAUAUCAGCAACAACUUAAACAUACCACGAAGUUCGUCACAAUUAUCCAUGGAAUUGAGCAAUAGAGAUACAACGGAAAUGUCUAGGGAUGGCUCACGAUCAACUUCAUCAUCAUCACGAUCUUCUGCAUCUUUAGAGCAUGGAAAUCGUGAAUUCACAGGCGAUUUGACGGUAACUGCUAGUAUUAACGGUACUGAUAAAAAGGAAUCUAAGAAAUCGUGGAAAAAGUAUAAGGGCUAUAAGUUUGAAGAUCUAACUAUUUGCGAACUAAGAGAUCUUUUUGAGAUAUAUCAAAAAAUGAUGCAAUGA